AUGACUGUUGAAAAUGGAUGUCACUGGUAUUUUGCAACUCAAUGAUUAUUGUCUCGAUUUAAUAUUACAGUUUAUGAAUACAAACGAUAGAAUCAAUUUCGCCUACACCUGUUCCAGAUUUCGAUAUGUUUUUCUUAUCUGGUCACGUCGUGGAUAUUCCAAUUUUUCUAUUAUCGGUUUCGUUGAACCCUGGGAGUUGAAAUUACUAAGUCUUAUAGCAAAAAGUGUAAGAACGCUAAAUUUUUUUGUUGAUGAUUUGGUGUGUUCAUUUAAUGACAAUUAUUCAAGUAAUAAACGCCAUAAUGCUGUUUCCAAAUUCUGCAACCUGAUCCAAGGAAUGAAAAAUCUUGAGUAUGUGAAGAUAUUGCAGAUACAUCCUCACCCGAUCGCUAAACUUUUUUUAAGAGCGCUACAGGACUUACCCAAUUUAAAGACGUUGCAUAUAUGCACUCCAAGGCGAGAGAACUUUGGUAAGUUUUAUCGUUUGGAGUACAUCUCUAUAGAUGUGGAAAUUUCUCCGAAAGUCUUACUGCAAACUUGCCGAUCUCUGACUAGAUUGAGAACUCUUCAUCUCUCUGAACAAGUGAGCAGCUCCAAUCUCAAAGAUAUUUUAGAGCAUUUGCCACUUUUACAAGAACUGAGCUUUUAUGUCGAUCGAUCCAAUAAGUGGGAUCUGUUUGCCUGCCAUCGAUAUCAAAGAAAGUCUCUUGAAGGUAUUUUUGAAUACCUGGCUAGAGAAAGAACUUUGAAAAUCCUCAUAGUCAAAGGAGAAAUCGUUGCUGUCCCUGAAGCCGAAUACCUGGCCAAUAUAAAAUCACUAAAAUCCCUGGACUGCAGUUUCACAGAUCCCGAAUUAGUGUCAUAUCUUUUGGCGCUCACAUCUUUGGAAAGCCUGCGAAUAACGUACCUACAUCCCAUAGAUAUAUCUUCGACUUAUUUGGAUAUAAUUAGGCAGUACAAGGACCUUCGCUUGCUUAGCAUCUUUGACUAUAAUAUUAAUCCUGAAUUUGUUUUGAGAGCCUCCAAAGUAUUGGAAGAUAUUGAGUCGAAGAAUACGUUACAACUAUUGAUCCACGGCCGUCGUAGCUCAGAAACGAUGAGGGAGUUUAAGGCAAAGGCCUUGGAUAGGAAUAAUCUGUUAUUUCGUUCUAUAACAGCCACUGAACUUUUUAAGUUAUUAUGAGCUUUAAAAAUAAGGGUGCUACCAAAAGAAUGCUGUUUACAACGGCUUAUUGACCUUACUUUUUGUGUUUGCAAACCACUUAAAGGAGUAACAAUAAUUAAAUAGUUCUGAUUUAAUGGUUUAUUUUAAGAUACUUUGAAGGAAAGAAUCGUUUUUGUAAUCAUUAUUAUUAGCUAAUUUAUUCUACAAGUUUUUUAAAACUAGGUAUUGUUUAUUUAUAAUAUUUUCAAAGAAACUUUAACGAGCAAAUGUAUUACGGAUUGGCUUAUCGUCUUACUUUUCCUCACAUUAAAAACGUGGGCUAAGCCUCAUAAAAAAACUCUUAAGAGAAAAUUGUUUAUUUAUUUUUGGUCCGUCCCAUUUGUAUGAAAUCCCCUGCGGUGCUCGAAGCCGAAAAAAGUUAAAAGUAAAACCGUCUUGGGGGUGGAGUGGCAUUUCCAAUUAUGCGAAACUCCGAACUGUUAAUGAAAUGUGUCAGAAACAAUUUGGUAUAAUUUUUCACUUAAAGCUAAAAACAAUUUAUAAUUAGAAAAGGCUCUUAGAACGAGAGCACAAAGACAAGGACGAAAUGAUGGCACCUGUUGGGCAAUCUGCAAAGUCGCACAAUUUUCCCUCAUUUUGCAGUGACAGUAAGCAGGGAGCAGGAAAAACAAGCAGUGAUUGCGGAUAGACAAGGACAGACUGACGGGAAAACAAAAUGGCAACUGUCGGAGACGGAAGUACGUCAAGUGUGGCGGAAGUGGGCUGCAAAAAGAAGAAUAAGUUGGCGGCCAGGAAGCGGCCAUUGUGUCCUGGCGGAGAAGAUAGGGAUGGCAGCGGAAAUGAUUGUUUCUAUUUCAGAUUUUGUCGACUGUUUGACGGCCAAACUUUUCCAUUUAUAACAGA